CGCCACGCCAGCAAAUGAUACUUCGGAAAUCUCCGUCUCCUCCAAAUCCUCACACAAACACAGAAUUCCACACGUUUCCCCCCAACCCACCACAAAUCUGUGGUCAUUUUCGUCAAUCCAAUUUCUGUUUCUCAGAGAUUUGGUUCGUCUCCCCUCUCUUGGCUUCUCCAUGCAGCUGCGGAGCCUGGUGGCCACAGAAGAAGGCGAAUAGAGAGAGAGAGAGAGAUGGAGAUGCAGUUACCGGAUGACUUCCGGUGCCCAAUCUCCCUGGAGGUGAUGACGGACCCGGUGAUUUUAUCCUCCGGCCACACCUUCGACCGCGCUUCUAUCCAGCGCUGGCUCGACGCCGGUAACCGCACCUGCCCGGUCACUAAAGUCCCCCUCCCUCCCUCUCCUUCGCUCAUCCCCAACUACGCCCUUCGCAGCCUCAUCUCCUCCUACCUCGCCAAUCGCCCUUCCGCCGUCGCCUCCUCCUCCUCUGAUGAAGAUCACCUCGACUCCUUCCUCCUCUCUCGAUUCUCCUUCCCCUCCGACGCCCCUACUCUCUCCGCCGUCCUCCGCCUCGCCCAGAGCGGGAGCGCCGCCUCUCGCCGCCUCGUCGCCGACUCCGGCGGGACCUCUGUCCUCAUCCGCCACGCGGACGCUCCCGACCGCCCCGACCUCCAGGACCUGGCCCUCCGCGCCCUCCUCCACAUCUCCCUCGACGGGGACGACGCGCGCCUCGGUCUGCUAGCCGAGGGCGCCCUCGAACCCAUCGUCUCGGCACUCCGCGGUGGCCCUGUCGCGGCCCUCGCUGCUACCUUCCUCACCAGCCUCGCCGUUGUUGACGUCAACAAAGCCACGAUCGGAGCCCACCCCGCCGCCAUUCCCAGCCUAGCAGCCCUUCUCAGCGAUGGCGACGGCCGGCAGCGGAGGGAGGCGGCCACGGCUCUCCAUGAACUGUGCAAGUUCGCCGAGAACCGGAGACGGGCUGUGCGGGCUGGUGCGGUGGCGGCGCUCAUCAGCUUCGCUAGUGAAGGGUCGGAAAGGGCCGUGCGUGUCUUAGGACUCCUCGCCAAGUGCCGAGAGGGGAAGGAGGAGAUGAGGAAGCGGAUAGGAUUCCUUAGGGCAUUGGCCGUCGUCGUUAAAACAGGGAACCCAAGGGGCGUGGAACACGCCCUCGUGGUGCUCAACUUGGUUUGUUCCGAUAGCAAAGAGAUGGCUUUGGAAGCCAUCGGAGAAGGGAUUUUGGACCUCUGUUCUGUUUUGGCCGGCGAUAUGAAUCAAAAGAUUGGGAAGAAUGCCAUGGAAUUAGCUCGUAGUCUCAGAAUUUUCUCCUCUCCCUGCAUAUCAGCAAACAUAGGUCAGUGAAGCUACUUGCUUGAUGGAUUUAUUUACUUGAAACCUCCUGUAAAAAGAAUAAAAAUCAGUUUGAUCCUUUCUUUUGUUUGCUAGAAAAAUCCUGUUUAUAUGAAAAAUGUCAGAACUUGUUAGGUUGAUCUAAGUUUCGCAAUGGAAAAAUAAUAUGAUAGUGGUGUUUCCCUCUA